GUUUGCAGCAGCAGCAGAAGACUCGAGUUAAAGGAAUUUUCCCUCUGAAUGGAUUUCAAGAUGUCAGCCCCCACAUGCCGAAUCUAACAAACUUGCUGUGCUAACAACAUUAGAUUAGGCCGUCAUUUGUUAUUUAGUCAUGCACUACUCCUUCAUAGAAUCCAGUCAACACGUCAGACUAUAUCUUCAUAAAGUGAAACUUAAAUUCGACGUCUUUAGAAAUGACAGGCCUUUUUCGACGUCAGCAGGAAUACCUAAAAUCGCUAAAAAUAUUACCGAAACAAAGUCAUCUACAGCUACAGGGGAUGGUAAAAGACAGCAUUUUGAUGAGAUGGUGAGUUUUCGGAAGAAAGAAGCCAGAUCUUCUGUUGUUAUUCAGGUGGGAAAUCCUUCUAAGCCUGCUACUUUGUUAAAUCAAGUGUGUUCCAGGCACGGAAAUGUAAAAAACCUGUUUCAUUACACUUAUCAAAACAAGGAGUUACUACUUUUAGAGUUUGAUUCUGAAGCAUCAGUUAAAAAUCUUCUAGCCAGCUGUUCUCACAACAAUAAUUAUAAAGUCAUCCCAGUUGCCUCACCUUUCCUAUGGCUAAAAGCAAUGCCACCAGAGUCAUAUUCUGCUGUAUCUUCCAGGCUUCCUCCAAUAAUCAAAGAAAAUGUUUCAGCAAAUGACAAUUUACAAGAACACCUCUCUAAUGCCAAAUCGAUUUCAGAACAAAUGAUGAUUUUGGAUGAUCAAACCCGUUUAUCAGAAAUUGGUCACAGGCUCAGGUGGCUAACCAGCAUUCAAAUCGAACAAACGUUAUCGCGUUUGUUUCCAAGUCUACAAGUGCUACCUUUCGGAUCCUUUGUCAACGGUAGUGCGCGGAAUGGUUGUGAUUUGGACAUGGCCAUCUCUAUUGAAGGCAAUUUUGGGUCCGAAAUAAUGGCUCUACAAUCGCCCCUCAUAUUCCAAGCUAAAGCUGCGAUAGACAAUUACAGGCUGCAGACGCAAAAACAUUUAGAGUUUUUCGCAGACGUGGUCCAAAAUUAUACAACAGGCUGUGUUCAGAUCCAACGGAUAAUGCGAGCAAGAGUACCUAUCAUAAAAUUUCACCACGAGUUUACCGGAGUUGAUUGUGACAUAUCAAUGUCAUUAUCUGGUGUUUUCAUGUCUGAGUUGUUGUAUCUUUACGACAAAAUAGAUUGGAGAUUUUGUCCUUUAGUGACAGCCGUAAGACAAUGGGCCGCAUGGGCUAAGCUUACUUCUCCAACACCCGGCAACCAAAUAACCAAUUUUACGCUAACUCUUAUGGUGGUGUUUUUCCUACAACGACGCACUCCGCCAAUUCUACCUACACUCGGAGAAAUGAUUAAACUGGCAAGACCUCACGUGGACACACGGCAGACCGAAGACAUUAACUGCACAUUUCUGCGCGAUCCUUCCGUGUUCCAAAAACGCAAGGAAUUAAAUUCUGAGUCACUUGAAGAUUUAUUUAUGGGCUUUCUGCGAUUUUUUGGAAGUUUUGAUUUCAACGAACGAUCUAUUUCUAUCAUAACGGGAGAUUCAAACAGGAAACUUGAUUCCAAGCCUCUUUACGUGCAAAACCCGUUGGAACGAGAGCUCAACGUUAGUAGAAAUGUCACGUUGACAGAACUUACUCGUGCAGUUAUGGAAGCCAGAAAUGCUCUUUACAUUUUGGAGACGCAAGAUCAUCAAAGCCCAGGAGAAAACUGGGGACUACUGACUCUUCCACGAGCAAAAAGUAUGCGUCAAAUCAAACAAGAUGCGACUCACCUGAAUUCUAUGAAUAUAAAUAUUGAAGACUUAUUUUGUGCUGAUUCGGACGAGGAGAUCGUGUUGAAUGUCAAGAAAGUUCCGGAUAAUGAAUCUUCAUCACCACAGACGAGCAGUCCAAUUAAACAGUCAACCGAAGAGGAACAUACCGUUUCAGGUUCCAAUGCCACGAAUGGAGUUUUCGGCAAAGUACAACAACAAAACGGACUGAAUGGGUCGACAAAGUUGGACAUGAGAGUUCUAUUUUCUGAAGAUCCAAACGUGCAGAUUAACAAUAUGGCUGAAUCGAAACCUUCUAAAGCUAAUAUCGUUUCAAAGACAUCACCUUCAUCAAUAAGGGCGCCUCUCGUUUCCUCUUCGAAUGCCACGAAUGGAUUUGCCGAUCAAGUACAAGGUAGAGCCAGAUCGAAAGUAAACAAAACACCGGCAAAUAUGGUUCUGAAAUCCGAAAGGAAUCGACGGCAUGUCGAAAAACAUAAAAUCAAGUAACACUUCAUUGAAUCGAAAAUUUGCUGAUGUACAGUUCGUAAACAAAAAUAAAAAGUUAAAAGAUGUUGUUUUUAA